AUGGGUGAGCUCACUCAGAUCCAGGUACUUGAAGGGCACACAGAUCGAGCGUGGCAUGUCGCGUGGUCACCUACAGGUGAGACCCUGGCGAGCUGUAGUGGGGACAAGACAGUGCGGCUGUGGACUAGGACACAGCCCGGCAGCGAAGAAUGGGUGUGCAGCGCGACCCUGGAGGAGGCUCAGACACGGACAAUCAGGUGUUGCAGCUGGUCACCUGAUGGCCGAUCCCUUGCCACCGCCAGCUUUGAUGCUACCACAGCAAUCUGGGAGGUGCAGGGGGGUGUAUGGGAGCAAGUGGCGCUUUUAGAAGGGCAUGAGAAUGAGGUAAAGGGGGUUGCAUGGAGCCCAUCAGGAUCACUCAUAGCCACCUGCAGCCGUGACAAGAGCGUGUGGAUAUGGGAGGCCCUGCCUGGCAACGAGUAUGAGUGUGUGGACGUCAAACAGGGACACACCCAGGAUGUGAAGGCGGUGGCAUGGCACCCAAAGGGGGAGAUCCUUGUCUCGUGCAGCUAUGAUGACACCAUCAAGCUGUGGCGGGAGUCAGAUGACGAAUGGAUCUGCGAGCAGACUCUGUCAGGGCCGGGAAUAGGGCACACCUCAACAGUGUGGGGGCUGGCUUUCGAGGAGAGCGGGGAGCGCAUGGUGUCGUGCAGCGAUGACUGCACUCUUCGCGUGUGGAGCUGUACAUCAAAAGAUGGCGAGGCCUGGUGGCGGCUGCUUACCACCGUCUCCGGCUCCCACGAACGCACCAUCUUCAGCGUUGACUGGUCCAGUUCAGGCGCCAUCGCCUCAGGCUCGGGGGACAACACAAUCUGCGUGCACGAGGAAGAGGCGAGCAGCAGCGCAGACAUCGACCCACUGCAGAAGCCCUCAUUCACAUUGGCGGCCAGGCAGAGGGAGGCGCACCCAGCGGAUGUGAAUUGCGUGAGAUGGAACCCGGCAGAUCCCACGCUGCUGGCAUCGGCAGGGGAUGAUGGCAGCGUGAGAUUAUGGAGGUAUAGGAGGAGAGGAGCAGAGUCUGGCAGUGGCAGAGCAGUGUAG